AUGACGUACAACAGGGAAGCUAGGAAGCUGGCGGUGGCGGCCCAUCUGACGUGGCGGCCCGGCAGGCAGCAGGGCAGCAGUACGGCGAUCAACCAGAAAAUCGGCAUGAAGAAGCCUGCGAUCACGAACAUGCUCCAGCCGCAGCACGCGAACCGCCCAUCCCGCGUGUCGUCAUCUGAGCCCCAAACGGGGUGCUGGUACAGAUUACUAUGCGCAAGGCUAGAGCUUCGGAUCCGACCCCACAUUGCAGAUCGUAUUCACUCCAACUACCUGCACCUUCCCCAGCCCGUCAACCAAGAGGCUCCCCCACCUGACAUCAACAUAGAGGUGCUCAUGGACUGGAUCAACGCCAUCAACCCUACCAAUGUCUCAGGAACGUGGAGCAUGGGGCUAGGCAGUGCAGAGCAUGGACUUUGGGAGCAUGGAGGGUGGAGCUUGGCAGCAUGA